AUGACUUCCAGAGUAGCUGCCGCCCGUUACGGCAAGGAGAACGUUCGUGUGUACAAGGUACAUCGAGAUGAGGCAGCCGGUACUCAGACGGUGGUCGAGAUGACUGUAUGUGUACUGCUUGAGGGUGAAAUCGAUGUCUCGUAUACCAAGGCAGACAACAGCGUCGUGGUAGCGACAGACUCGAUAAAGAAUACCAUUUAUAUUCUAGCAAAGCAGAACCCAGUCACACCACCGGAGCUCUUCGCUUCGAUUGUUGGAGACCACUUUAUAAACAAGUACAAACAUAUCCAUAUCGCCCAUGUCAAUGUAGUGGCACAGCGAUGGUCCCGAGUGAAUAUCAACGGCAAACCACACCCUCACUCGUUCUUAAAGGAUGCCUCUGAAGUCCGAUCUACCGAUGUCACCGUUACUGAAGGGAAAGGAGUUGAUAUCAAGACAUCUCUAUCCGGGCUCUCCGUCUUGAAAAGCACAAACUCACAGUUCCAUGGCUUCGUGAGAGAUGAAUUCACCACCCUUCCCGAGACCUGGGACCGAGUUUUAAGCACAGAUGUCGAUUCUACCUGGACAUGGUCUACAUUCUCAAGCGUGGAGCAAGUAAGACGUUCAGCUACCAAGUUUGACACUACCUGGGACACCUCGCGAGGUAUCAUAUUGGAGACCUUUAGCAACGAUAACAGCGCCAGUGUGCAAAACACCAUGUAUAAAAUGGGAGAGCGAUUCCUUGCGGCUCAGCCGUUGCUGGAGACGGCUGAAUUCAGCCUGCCUAACAAGCACUAUUUCCAACUUGAUUUGAGCUGGCAUAAGGGCUUGAAAAACACUGGUACAGAUGCUGAAGUGUAUGUUCCCGGUUCAGGCGCCAGUGGGCUCAUCAAAUGCACCAUUGGGCGCGGUGAUGUCGAGAAGAAGUCGAAAUUAUAG